CAACCGCUCUUCCCCGGCAGAAACCCCGUAGUGCAUCAUAACAGCGCCAUUCGGUAACUGCAACAGUAUCCAAAAUGGCAGGAGCUGAUGGAGACGACUCUCUCUACCCUAUCGCCGUUCUCAUUGAUGAACUGCGCAAUGAGGACGUGCAGCUACGACUGAACAGCAUCAAGAAGCUGUCCACAAUUGCUCUGGCUCUCGGCGUUGAGAGGACUCGCACUGAACUCCUACCUUUCCUCACAGACACCAUCUAUGAUGAAGAUGAGGUGUUGUUGGCCUUGGCUGAGCAGCUUGGCAAUUUCACUAUGUUGGUUGGAGGACCAGAGUACGUCCACUGUCUCUUGCCGCCACUGGAGAGUCUUGCUACAGUGGAGGAGACAGUAGUCAGAGACAAAGCUGUGGAGUCCCUGCGGAAGAUCUCUCAGGAGCACUCUCCAGUUGACUUGGAGGUCCAUUUUGAGCCUUUGGUCAAGAGGCUGGCAAGUGGUGACUGGUUCACUUCUCGCACAUCUGCCUGCGGUCUCUUUAGUGUCUGUUAUCCUCGUGUCUCCAGCACUGUAAAGGCUGAGAUCCGUCAGCAUUUUCGCACACUGUGCUCAGAUGAUACCCCCAUGGUGCGUCGUGCUGCAGCAUCUAAACUAGGAGAAUUUGCCAAAGUCCUAGAGCUGGAUUAUGUAAAAAGCGACAUUAUUUCUCUCUUCACUGCUCUGGCCUCUGAUGAGCAGGACUCAGUGCGGUUGCUUGCAGUGGAGGCUUGUGUGAGCAUUGCCACACUGCUUCCUCAGGAGGACCUGGAGACACUGGUGAUGCCAACCCUGCGUCAGGCAGCAGAGGACAAAUCCUGGAGGGUCCGUUAUAUGGUGGCUGACAAGUUCUCAGAGCUUCAGAAAGCAGUGGGGCCAGAGAUCACAAAGAAUGAUCUGGUGCCGGCUUUCCAAAACCUUCUCAAAGACUGUGAAGCUGAAGUCCGUGCUGCUGCUGCCAACAAAGUCAAAGAAUUCUGCGAAAACCUCCCAGAGGACAGUCGUGAGCAAAUCAUUAUGACUCACAUUCUGCCCUGUGUCAAGGAACUUGUUUCAGACACAAACCAGCAUGUGAAGUCAGCUCUGGCCUCAGUCAUUAUGGGACUGUCCACCAUCCUGGGCAAAGACAACACAAUAGAGCACUUACUGCCACUUUUCCUGGCUCAGCUCAAGGACGAGUGCCCUGAGGUGCGUCUCAACAUUAUCUCCAACCUCGACUGUGUGAAUGAGGUGAUUGGCAUUCGUCAGCUCUCUCAGUCACUGCUGCCUGCCAUCGUGGAGCUGGCAGAGGAUGCAAAGUGGAGGGUCCGCCUCGCCAUCAUAGAGUACAUGCCCCUGUUGGCAGGACAGCUGGGAGUCGAGUUCUUUGAUGAGAAACUUAACACCCUCUGUAUGGCCUGGCUCAUCGACCACGUGUAUGCCAUCCGUGAGGCAGCCACCUGUAACUUGAUGAAGCUGGUUGAGAAGUUUGGCGCCGAGUGGGCUCAAAACACCAUCGUACCCAAAGUCCUGGGCAUGGCCAAUGACCCCAAUUACCUCCACAGGAUGACUACUCUGUUCUGCAUCAAUGCUUUGUCAGAAGCGUGUGGUCAGGAUAUCACCACUAAGCAGAUGUUGCCAGUGGUCCUCAAGAUGUCCAACGACCAGGUGGCAAAUGUACGUUUCAACGUGGCAAAGUCCCUUCAGAAGAUCGGCCCCGUCCUUGACAGCAAUACCCUUCAGACAGAGGUGAAGCCGGUGCUGGAGAAAUUGGCAACAGAUGCAGACAUGGAUGUCAAAUACUUUGCCCAGGAGGCGAUCAGUGUUCUGGCCCUAGCAUAAACCAACCCCACAUCUCUAAACCAGACAACCACCCGAUAAAAACAACGUAAACACUUUUACAAGAUAUUUAUUGAUGUUCAGGAACAACUGGUUAAUGUAUAGAGAAAAGCUGUUAACAAUGGUUUAAUCUUUUUCUUUUUCCUUUUGUUUACUGUACAAUGGUAGACCAUGUCCAGGCCCAGCACAGGCUUCUAUGUUAACCUUCCUCUUUGCUGUAAAUGGGUGCUUCAACUAAAGCAGUGUGACGAAAUUGCUUCAAGUGGUGCAUGCUGACUUCUGUGCUAAAGUUCUAGCUAGGCAUCGCUAACCAGAACCCCUCUCACAUUCCUCCCUUUUACAUCCUCAGACACUGUUGUACUAUAGCCACAGUCAUCACUGCGUACCACACGUGUACUCCUGCUACCUAGCACCUAUGGCCCUGCUCUGUGUUGCUGCACCUUUUUCCCAAUGCUAGAUGCUAACUGUGGGCAGCAGAUGCCUCAGCAAGCUGUUGAUUUUGCUGCGCUUCCUCCCUCUGACGGCACUCUUUUCCCUGAGACACUGCUGUAGCUCAGCAGAGAGGUGACUGAAAGGACUAUACAGGUUGGGUUUAUUCCACCAGACCAAACCUGUUGUGUCUCCUAAAUGCUUCACAGCCCUGUUUUGUACCACGCUCCGACAACGAAAUAAUGGGAUGUCCAUUAUUGCAUGUAAUCCAAUGAACUCUUUCAAUGAUUGCAUGUUCUCGCCAAUCUUAAACGGUGUCCUUUCCCAACUCUAUCUGCAGACUACCCCACCCCUCUGCACUGUUUGUUCUCUGCAGCAACUCAGAUUGAAUUGGUCAUAUUAAUUACCUCGGGCCACUGUAAAAGGGACCAACUCAGUCGUAAAGUGUUGAUUACUCCUACAGAUCCCCGUGAGUUUGUUGUUGACGUGCCAGGGUGGGAGGUAGUCGUCAGAUGUAAUUUUCUACAUUAUCUUCUCAGCAUUGCUCUUAUUCUGUGUGCCAAUGAUUUGGAUUAGCAGUGGUGUUUUCUUUUAGUAUGCCUGGGUAAAUGACUGUCAUCUGUCCUGCUCUUUUCUACCAAGCCACUUUAUUCCUCAGAUGUUAAUGGGAUGGUAAAACUAAAUUGACUUCAACUGAAAAGGCUGUAGGACAAACAGAACCGAGACGCUCAUGUGUCCUAAAGCCAACCAGUUUUCUCUUAAAUCCAUGCUAAAUCCUCCAUAGUACAAGAGAUUUAAGGCUUAGGGUCAGUGAUGGUGAAGGGCCACCAGAUGAUUCCUGCUUACAAAUCUCGACCUGAUGGAGAGCUAGUGCAUGCUUUCAAACAAAGUGGGCUGGGAGACGUGGAGCAUGUGUACGUAAGGCUGCAUAAUGUUUUAUUACGGGGCGGGAGCGUGGGUGGUUAUGGGCGGGUUGCAUAAAUGUGUCGUCUGUGUUGAUAAAAGAAACUUUUGUUUUUCUCUCAACUUCUCCCGCUGUUCACUUCUCUCCCCUCCUCUGUCAUUUGUUUCUCUUGAAUAAACCUUGAUUGUUGAUUGUCCUGUAUCACAAAGACUGUGCUUUUAUUUUAAUUUUAAAAUCUCUUCUCACUUGGGAUGCUGUAUCUUGAUCUGAAUAAAGUAACACAAUGAA